AUAUCUUUUUAUGUAAGCUACCUACAUAUGAGUCAGGUGCGGAUUAUCUCAUUGGCUCGAUCGCUCCUUAACUGGGUGACAAAGCAAAGGCGCGGGUUGACAAGAUAAAACGCGGUAUUCUUCAUAUAAGAUACCAUAUACAACCUCAGGUCAAUUUUCAAUGUGCUCUACUGUAUUUCAAUCGUCUUUUCUUAGAACUAACUCAUUUCACAAGGAACGAACGUCUUGUUUGUCGUGCUUAUUCGUGGCAGUUCCCAGUCUAUGAUCCUCAUUAAAAACAAGCACAGCGCAUCUCGGAUGUAUCUUACCAUCAUGUACAUAUAGUACAUACAUUUCAGCUCCAGCCCUUGAAAGAUAAUUAUGCUCACUUGCCUACGAACUACGCAUGUUUCUUCGGGGUAGUAGAAACCUCUUUUUCGGAGUUCAAUCUCACGCUAGCAAGUUAACCGGCCGAAAAGAUCAGAUAACCACCUACUUCAUAGUACAGAGACUUAGGUACUCAUGCAGCAGUAGACUUAAGGGACACCUACAUAUAUCCCUACAGGACCAUCACGUCCGGCGCUCAGCGGCAGUUCCAUCUAACAGCCACCGGAUAGCAACCAUGGCUACACGCAGAUCCGCGCGAGUUGCGGCGGCAUCAGCAACGCCAGACAUCACAGACGCUCCUCCGGCUGCUCCGGCCGCUAAAGUGCCAAGGGGGCGGAAAAGAAAGACAGCACCAGAGACAUCGCAGCAAGAAGGUUUCAAGGAGAACGCGGAAGAAAAUGCGGCCCCGGAAGCACCUACAACUCCCAAAAGGCGCCGUACCCGGAAGCCUGCCGACCCUCCAGCAACGCCUACGCCAAGUAACGCAAAGCUGAUCAGUGAGCCGGUCACAGCCCACGAGACCCCGAAACCGAAACCGGCCGCUGUGAGGCGACUGGCAGACCCAAACGCCACCAACGCAACGCUUCUCUCGCCAGAGACAUCUCGAGUCAUAACCAGAGAAAUCCCUCCGUCUGGAUCAGCUGACGAGACCACAACGACCAACAUCCUCGACGAAGCCUGCAAGCAUCUCAUCAGCGUCGACCCGCGGAUGAAGCCGCUGAUCGAUAAGCAUCACUGCUCGCUCUUCUCGGCGGAGGGCCUGGGCGAGAAGGUCGACCCCUUCGAAUCCCUCUGCAGCGGCAUCAUCUCGCAGCAGGUAUCCGGGGCGGCGGCCCGGUCCAUCAAGCAGAAGUUCAUCGGCCUCUUCGUCGAGAACGACGGCAAGUUCCCGCACCCGUCGCAGGUCGCGGCGUGCACCAUCGAGCGGCUGCGCACGGCGGGUCUCUCGCAGCGCAAGGCCGAGUACGUGCAAGGGCUCGCGGAGAAGUUCACCAGCGGCGAGCUGAGCGCACAGACUCUGGCGGACGCGCCGUACGACGUCGUGCUGGAGAAGCUGAUCGCGGUGAGGGGCCUGGGCAAGUGGUCGGUCGAGAUGUUCGCGUGUUUUGGUUUGAAGAGAAUGGACGUCUUCUCCCUCGGCGACCUGGGCGUCCAGAGGGGGAUGGCCGCGUUCGUCGGACGGGACGUGUCCAAGCUGAAGAAGAAAGGCGGCAAGUGGAAAUAUAUGUCGGAGGACGAGAUGAAGGAGAUAUCGGACAGGUUUGCCCCGUAUAGGAGCGUCUUUAUGUGGUAUAUGUGGAGAGCCUCGGAUACCGAAGUGGUGGCACUGGAGUAGUCUUAGACACUAAGGUUUAACUAAACUCGUAUUUGAAGACAUGAACAAUGCCUUGACGAUGCGAUUUUACGGCUAAUAAGCCAUAUGUUCCAACUUAUGGGUUAUUCCACUUAUUCUUGUAUUGGAAAAAGAGCAUGUUGUAUUCUC